UAAAUUAGAAUAGGUUCCAACCCCCAAAACUGAAUAUAAAACAAGUGCAAAAGAUUAUAGUAAGGUUAUUGCUGUUUCAGGAUUUUCGUCUGAUUACUUUGCUGGAAAUUCUAUUUCUGAAAUUUGUGCCUUCACUAUAGUCGCGUGUUUUGAAUUUGUUCGUCGAGGAGAGAGUUAUUUCAUUAUGUUUCUUUCAAGGCGGAGUGUCAUAUCGUUUGACUAGAGAAGGAAUUGCAGCAAAUUUCUGUUGAAAGAGGUCCGUGUUCAAUGGCAUUAUUGGAUGAAGCCCUGCACUUGGAAGGCAACCAAUUGCUGCAGCCCGGAAAGGUUCUACUUGUCAAAGAUUGCGUAGCUACUAGCGGUGCUUUCAUUCUUACUCAUCUCAUCAAAAAAAUAUUGUCUGGGUCCUCAGACUCUGUUGUGUGGAGCAAAGCAAGUGGUCAAAAAGUUUUGCAGAGUGGUUUGGUGUUGUUUGUUGGCCUAAGCGAGCCCUUUACACAUUAUGAACGAAUUGCAAGAAAACUUGGAUUCAAUUUGUCAGCUUAUAGGGAUAAUGGUCAAUUCAUUUUCAUAGAUGGACUUCACCUUGAGUGCAAAGGUAGCAUUGGAGCAAUGACAGAGAACGCACUUAUUGAGCUUUACAAGAGUAUACACCAAACCUUGUAUGGUUGCAUUACUCUUGAGGGAAAUAUGGGGUGCAACUGUAUUGUGAUUGAUGACGUAUCUCUUUUGGAGAUUGCUGCCCAUGGAUCAGAGGAUCUUGUGUUAGAUUUUUUGCAUUAUUGCCGCAUUUUAUCAUUGGAGAUGGGUUGCUCUCUUGUUCUACUUUCACACCAGGAUAUUUAUGCAAGUCAGAGUGAUUCAAGAUUCAUCAAGCAUCUGGAAUAUUUUGCAGACAUGAUGAUAGAUGUAGAACCUUUAAACUCGGGGAUUGCAACUGAUGUACAUGGCCAGAUCACUGUAAUUCAUAGGACAAGCCAAGAAGAUGGAAUCAACAGUGGAGAAGGAAAUAGUCCGAGGAAUAUGGUCAGCAAUUUUCACUUUAGAAUUAAAGAGAAUCUAGUGCAAUAUUUUCCUCCUGGAAAGCAGUUUUGACAACAUCAUCUCAAGCUCAGUGUUGGAUAGAUUACUGCUGAAACCAUUUGCAUUAGUCUUUAAUUAUAAUUUAUCUUAACUUUCGUUUAAUUUUAGAAAUUAUUGAUUAGUGCCAUGGGAAUAAAUCCUUGCAAAAUUUUAUGUUCUUUCCUCUUUUGUUGAAUUUGAAUACAUUUCUCAUUGCUCACCAUCUUUUUGAGAAUAUAAAAAUGAUUUGGAGUUAGGAUAGUA